AUGGAACCAAUUGAUAAACAUCAGUUCGAGAAAACUGAUCAACAAUUGUUUACCGCUUCAUUUAAUGUUUGUUGGGAAAUUCUUAAAAGAAAAGAAUAUUAUUUAUGUGAACAUGAUACCAAUAUAUUUUCAAGGUUGUCAUUAAAUUAUGGUCAAGACAUGUAUGAUGCUAUGAUGAUAAUUAUGAACAAAAUUAUAAAAUCCAAUGAACACAAAGUUGAAGUUGCAAAAUCAAAAGUUGAAUCAAUCGAAAUUGUUACAACAGAAGCCACUCGUGAUUCAGGUUAUGAAGAUAAUUAUGAUCGAUCAAAUCAACAACAACAAAAACGAGUUGACAAAGUGAACAUUGACAUCAAAAACAGUCAAGACAAGAUGAUAUCAAAAAAACGAAAAAUAUCAGUUGAUGAAAUUCAUUCCAAGAAGAUAUUUGAAGCAGAUAACAAAAAAAAUAACUGUGAUGAUCCAAGUUAUGCUCAAAAUAUAGAAAUUGCUUCUUUAAAUGAAAACUCAAUUGAAAAAUUACAUAUGAUUGAUUUGAUUGAAAAGGAAGAAGAAUUAUUCAGAAAAGAAAGUAUAACCAUUAAGGAUGAAAUGUUGCCAGUUACAGAUAAUUCGAUUGAUGUUGACAAAAUGAAUGACUCGAAUGGUCACUUGAUUGGACUAGAAAUAAAACCAAAUGAGAUUUCCAAUUUUUUUAAAGAUGAUAAUCAAAGUUACUCAAAUGAAAGCAUUGAAAAUGUUGAUCAUCAAAAAAAAACAAGAAUUCGUACUGGAUCACUUGCUUCUAAAAAAUAUAUUUUUUAUACAGAAGAAGAUGAUGAACUAAGCUCUACCACAGACGAAAAUGACCUUGAUGAGGAUAAUAUUGAUGCUGAUGAUGAUGAUGAUGGGAAAAGCCUAAAUCAGAAUAAAAAUCUUGAAGGUAAAAUUAGAAUAGUUGAUGAUAUUUCUUUCGAAGAAAAAACACGUGUAGUUGAAUUGGCAAUAAAGCAUCCAAAUUGGUCAAUAGAUAUGUUAAAAGAACAAAGCGGAUAUAAAAAUAUUUACAAUCGCAGUCAAGUUGAAAAGUGGGAAAAACACAUUAAACAAGGAGGAUCUCCUCACAAAGUUGCAGUUGAAUCAAUAAAAAUUGUAACAGCAGAAGCCACUCGUGACUUAGGUUAUGAUGAUAAUUAUGAUCAAUUAAAUCAAAAACAACAGCAAGUUGACAAAGUAAACAUUGACAUCAAUGACAAUCAAAACAAGAUGGUAUUGAAUAAAAGGAAAAUAUCAGUCGAUGAAUUUCAUUCCGAGAAAAUGUUCAAAGCAGGUUCAUUUUAUUUUGCAGAUAACAACAAAAAUAACUGUGAUGAUUCAAGUUGUUCUCAAAAUAUACAAAUUGCUUCUACAAAUGAAAACUUAGUUGAAAAAUUACAUAUGGUUGAUUUUAUUAAGAAAGAAGAAAGUAUAACUAUUAAGGAUGAAUUGUUGUCAAUAACAGAUGAUUCAAUUGAUGGUGAAAAAAUGAAUAACUCGAUAGAGCACUCAAUUCGACUAGAAAUAAAGUCAAAUGAAAUUACCAAUUUUUCUAAAGAUAAUAAUCCAAAUUGCUUGAAUGGAAGCAUUGAAAAUGUUGAUCAUAAAAAAAAAACAAGAUUUCGUACUGGAUCACUUGCUCCUAAAAAAUGUAGAUGUUGUGAACAAAAAAAUGAUGAUCUGAGCUCUAUCAAAGUUCCUAGGAAAUUUGAUUCUACUUCAGUACAAUACGAUGAUGAAGAUAAUGAUACAAAGAAAAUUACAAAUUCCAAUAAAGACAAGGUUGCAGUUAAAAAAUCAAAAGUUGGAUCAAUAAAAUCUGCAACAACAGAAGUCACUCGUGACUCAGGUUAUGAUGAUAGUCAUAAUCAAUUAAACCAACAAAAACAAGUUGACAAAGUGAACAUUGACAUCUACAACAGUCGAGACAGUAAGACGAUAUCUGAAAAAAGAAAAAUACCAGUUGAUGCAAUUCAUUCCAAGAAUAUGUUCAAAGCAGAUACUUUGAAGAAGAAAAUUUUAAAAUUUAAUUCUACUCCAGUAAAUUAUGAAGAUGACGAUAAUAAAAAUUCAAGUUCAAGUAGAGACAGUCGUGGUCCAAUUAUUUCAGCAGAAUUUUUUACUGGUUGA